UAUCUUAAGAGGCUCUGCUGCAAACUUCAGAACUGUCUUGCCCAUUGCAAGAUGAAGCUGGAAUUUGAUGACCAUAAGCACAGUACCUUCAUUUUGCAAGCUCUCAAUACUCAAAGACAGAACAAGGAAUGCUGUGAUGUUGUCAUCAAUGUGGGUUCCCAUUCAUUUUCAGCCCACCAGAACAUUCUCACUGCGGUCAGUCCCUACGUCAAGGACUUAAUCUGCAGUUGCAAUAUCCAACCAUCUGAUGAGCUGUCCGUCACCAUUGACAUCGAUUACAUGAGCCCAGUUUCGGUGGAACAACUGCUGGACUAUUUCUACACAGGUAAGAUCAUCAUUGCUGACAAAAAUGUGGAGGAUCUGCUCAAAGGAGCCAAGUAUUUCAUGAUAAACCGACUCAAGUUCCAUUGCGUGGAAUACCUAGAGCUCGUCCUUGACAAACAAAAUUACAUGUAUACGCUUAUGUUGGCUGAGACCUAUGACUUACCUGAACUGGUAGCCACUGUGUACUCCUACAUGAAAGAUGAAUUCUUCCACUUGAGUGAGACAAAGGAAUUUGUGGAGUGCCCAUACCAUAUAUUACUGAGGCUAGUCAAGGAUGAAAACCUCCACACCACUAAUGAAGACCAAGUCCUCUCAACCGUACUAAGAUGGACGAACCACAGCUUGGAGAACAGGAUGGAUAAUUUUCAGAAGUUGUUUUCCAGUAUUUAUCUGAAUGGAGUCACUGACCAGCUGCUCUCAAAAGUCAGCAAUGAAGAGGCGUUGGUCAAGAACAACACGACCUGCGUGUGUGCCAUAGUGGAUGUGCUUAGUCACCGCAAACAGGAGAACACCGACAGUAUCUUACAGUUCCAGAGGAAAGGAGCCCUGGUGGAUGUGGUUCUAGUGUUGGGGGGGCAAAGCAGUGAUGGUGGUUUUCGGAAUGCCAUCUAUGCAUAUAUUGUUGAUGAGAACAAGUGGAUUAAGGUUGCGCACAUGCCUUAUCGAGCUGCUGCUUUGGGGGCUGUUUGCACGAGGAAUUACCUAUAUGUGACAGGAGGAACCAAUGAGCAAAAUGCCAGCCUAAAGUCAGCAUGGAGGUACAAUCUGGACAAAAGCAUUUGGAACAAGUUGCCAGACCUCCCACUUGGGUUGGUCUUCCAUUCAAUGAUAGCGUGCAACGGGUUAGUAUACACCGUUGGGGGCAGCAUAGCCCCCAGGAAGUACAUCCCCACUAUUUACCGGUAUGAUGAGAAAAAGGAGAAGUGGACCACUGUUGGAAGGAUGACUGUCCCCAUGGACUGUGCCGAGGUUGUGACCCAAGGGGACAGAUACAUCUACAUAGCAACUGGCAGAUGUAUGAUCAAUGACAGGAUCUCCAGGGUGGGAGUUGUGGACUGUUUUGACACAAUAACAGGCGAAGUUAAGCAAAGCCUGACUUUCCCCAUUGAGUUCAAACACAGGCCAGUAGUUGCCUUCCAAGAUGACACAGCUCUCUCCGUGCAAAGUCACAAGCACACCAUCGAAGUAAACUUGCAGAAGUUCAAAGCCAACAAGGUGGUCAACCGUAUCCCCUUGCUCCCCAAUGGCACUAAACUGGAGGUGUGUCAUGCCAUGGCCGCCAUUCGGAACUUGGUUUUUGUAUGCGGAGGUACCUCUGCCAUUGAAGAAGGCAACACCAAGGAGUAUGCUGUGAACAAAAGUGCUUUCCUACUAGAGACCAAACUGGGAGUAUGGGAAGAAGUGGCGAGACCUUCUGAAGCAUUGGAAAGUUCUGCCUGUUGCAAAGCUAAACUGCAAUGCAAAUUUAUCCAAAAGCCUGAAAAAUUGCCCUAA